AUGUGUUACGUGGGCAAAGCAACAAAGAUCUUCAUUUUCAUUGUCACCGUCCUCGUCGUUCUCGGUCUCGUCCUGGGUUUUGGCCUCCUCCGCCGCUCACACAGUAAAAAUGUCAAAUGCUCCGGCGAUUCCUGCUUCUCUCCUCCUACCACCACCUACCCUGCCCCUAAUUUUCCUACUCCCAACUUUGGCUCCGGCUCCGGCUCCGGCUCCACCCCGCCCACCCCUCCCAGUCCGAUUCCACCUUAUUCGAACCCUAGUCCGCCUCCGCCUUCGGUACCGAUAACGAAUCCAAGCCCACCUACGCCGCCGGCACCGGUAACGAAUCCAAGUCCGCCUCCGCCUGACUCUAACCUCAAUCCACCUCCGGCGCCUGUAUUGCAGUCGCCGACUCCGCCGCCACCUUCUUCCCCGAGUGGGGCAGCCCCACCUUUGAGCCCACCCAGCUCGACGCAACCAGCCCUAGGUCCUGGGCAGGCUUAG